AUGAUGAUUGCGUACUCUCAUUUUGGUGAUGUAGUUAGCUUUGAUACAACUUAUAGGAAAAAUCAAAGUGGUCGACCUUUUGCUAUGUUUCUAGGGGUGAAUCACCAUAAGCAAACUACUAUAUUUGGAGCUGCAUUAUUAUACGAUGAAAGUGCUGAAACAUUUAUCUGGUUGUUUGAUACUUUUGUAAAGCAAUGUCAGUUUGCCAAAGAUUUUAGUAGCUGCAUAUAUGAUUAUGAAGAAGAACAAGAAUUUUUUCUAGCUUGGAAUGCAAUGCUUGAGAAAUAUGAUCUUAAAGAUAAUGAUUGGCUUAUACGAAUGUUUGAUUUGAGAAAGAAAUGGGUAUUGGUUUAUGGCAGAGAGACUUUUUGUGCAGAUAUGACUACUACUCAACGGAGUGAGAGUAUGAAUAAUGUGAUUAAAAAUUAUGUCAGCUAUCAACAUAAUUUAUUGAGGUUCUUUGAGCAUUUUCAAAGGUUAAUUGAAGAUCGUCGUUAUGAAGAACUAAAGGCUGAUUUCAAAGAGACUCAAAGUACUCCAUCGUUAUUGUUUCCAGUUGAAAUUCUAAAAGAUGCAGCAAGUAUUUACACCCCAACAGUAUUCAAGGUGUUCCAAGAUGAGUUAUGUAAGGCUUAUGAUUGUGCUAUGCAAAUAUUUGAUCAUAUUGGGACAGUGACGGAGUACAAACUUACCAAUCAUAAAAAACAAUUUCAGCAUACUGUUAGAUACGAUUUUUCUGAUAACACAGUGAUUUGCAGUUGUAGAAAGUUUGAGUUUACAGGAAUUUUGUGCUCCCAUGCUCUUAAAGUUAUUUCUUCAAAGGAUAUAAAGAAAAUUCCUAUACAAUAUAUAUUGAAACGAUGGACAAAAUCUGCAAAGUUAGGAAAUUCUGAAUUUGUAUUUGCAAAUACAAUAAAUGAAGACCCUAAAGUAAGUUUGGCAAGACGUUAUAAGGAUCUGUGGAGAUUGCAAACUCAAGUGGCAACGAAGGCAGCAGAAACAGAAGAAACAUAUAAAAUUGCAAGAACCGCUCUUGCUAAGAUUUUAGAAGAUGUGGAUGCAUAUUUAAAAGACAAUAAUAUUGGAAAAUCCAUUUCUAAAAUCAUAGAGACUACAACCGUACCAAGUGCUAGUGAGAAGAUUAAAGGAAUUAAAAAUAAGAAAAGAGUACGUGGAAAAUCUACAAGGCCAAGAAAUGCUCUUGAAAGGGUGCGAAAGAAGAAAAAUGUUGCACUUGGAGAACCAUCUCAGCAACAGUCACAUGCUAGUGAAAUAGCAGAUAAUAAUGUUUCUUCUAAUUUUAAUAGUCAAGAUCUAUUAAACUUGCCAUUCAACAUUGUGCCUGGAUACCAUGGUGAUCAAGUGCAUGCAAUCCUCCAAGAACACCAAUGUUUCGGAUUCAAUGACAAUUAUAUCAUUGAUAAUAAUAAGAAUAUAUAG